AUCACGGCACAAUAGUGUGUGAGCUUCGAUCGUGCUUGGGCCUCCGUUUCCAAAUUUCGGCACGGGCACGGCCCGACACAAAGCAAGUGGUCUUAGGCUCUUAGCACGGCUCAGCACCUCGGCAGAUAGAAAAAAGUUGGAUUGCGUUAAUUGAAUUUUUUAUACGAAUGUCAUCCCAAUUCCCAAGCAGCAGGAUGAGUUAACGGCCACAAAUGGCUUCUUCCUUCAACACACUGCAACGGCGGGAACUUCUCUCGCUUUCUCUCUGUAAGUGUUUCUCUACUUCUACCAUUCCUUCACCCAACAAUUCCUUUGCAUUUCUAUCUCCCAAACAUGCCCUUCUUCCACUCAAGUUUCCUCCUCUCUUUUUGGUUAAUGCUCCUGUAACUGUUAUUAGCCCUGUUAAUACUAAAAUUUUCUCAAGUUUGGACUCUAAUUCUUCAACUGGGACUGUGAAUUUCACGAAAAGUAGUGAUAAUUUGGGUUCUGGGUAUUCGUCUUCUGGGCAAAAAGAGGACAAAAAUGGAGGGGGGUUUGAAAAUUACAGUAAUAAUAAUAGAAAAUCUGGUGGGAAUUUGAAUUUUAGGAAAACAAGUGAAAAUGGGUCUGAUAAUUCUUCAUAUAGAAAGGGUAGUAGUAGUAGUAGUGGUAGUAGAAGGUGGGAGAGAAAAAUGGAGGAAGUUGUGGGGAAAGUUGCUAUAAAUAGUAAUGUGGAUGUUAGGGGAAAUAAUAAUGAGUCUGAAAAUAGGGGUCAAAAGGAUUCUGGGGUUUCUUCUAGAAGGCUUAGAGAUACUAAUUCGACGUCGAAUGUUGUUAACCGAAGUGUAGAUAGAGAAGGUAGUAGAGAUGAUGGUUCUGUUAAGGUUAAAAAGAAGGAUAAAUUGUCUAAGAAGUGUAAGCUUAAUUCACCAGAGUUUAUGAUGAUGGUUAAGUUGGAUAUGUGCUCUAAAAGGGGGGAUGUCAUGGGUGCAAUUUCCUUGUAUGAUACGGCGGUUAAGGAAGAGGUUAAGAUGGGGCAGUAUCAUUAUACUGUGCUUUUGUAUUUGUGUUCUAGUGCUGCAAUGGGGGUUGUUAGACCGGCUAAAAGUGGUAGUGGUAGGAGGAGUUUGGAUAAAGUUGCCCCUGAAAACUUAGAUGGGGCCAAUGAUUCUGGUGAGGAGGAAGAUGAUGAUGUAGAUGAUGAAACUCAGGAUAGAAAAGACCAAUCUCAAAAGGUAGAAGUAAAUGAGAUUAGGGUAAGCGAUGAGGUAAAGAAGCAAGCCCGUGAAAAAGGGUUUGAAAUUUUUGAGAAAAUGUGUUUGGAUAAGAUCCAGAUGAAUGAGGCCGCUUUGACUUCAGUUGCUAGAAUGGCAAUGGCUGUUGGUGACGGGGACAAGGCUUUUGAUAUGGUAAAGGAGAUGAUAUCAGUUGGGAUAAGCCCGAAAUUGAGGUCUUAUGGUCCUGCUCUAUCAGUUUUCUCCAGCAAUAGGGAAGUUGAGAAAGCCUUUGCUGUCGAAGAACACAUGUUGGAGAAUGGUGUUCAUCCAGAAGAGCCUGAGCUGGAGGCACUACUAACAGUAAGUGUUGAAACUGGUAAAGCUGACCGGGUUUACUAUGUGUUGCAUAAACUUAGAACAAUGGUGAGGUCUGUCUCACCUUCUACAGCAGAUUUGAUUGAAAAAUGGUUUAAAAGCAAAGAAGCAUCGAGAAUAGGGAAAAGGAAAUGGGAUCAUGAUAUGAUUACUCAAACAAUGGAAAAUGUUGGUGGUGGGUGGCAUGGAAAGGGAUGGUUAGGUAGAGGAAAAUGGAGCGUUUCACGAACCUCCAUUGGAGUUGAUGGUUUAUGUAAAUGUUGUGGGGAAAGAUUGGCCUUGAUUGACCUUGAUCCUGAAGAAACAGAGCGGUUUGCUGAAUCAGUUGCAGCAAUAGCAGCAAAGAGAGAGAAGAAUUCAAGCUUUCAAAAGUUUCAAAGGUGGUUAGAUUACUAUGGUCCAUUUGAGGCUGUUGUAGAUGCAGCUAACGUUGGUCUCUUCAGUCAAAGAAAAUUCCAACCUUUAAAGGUCAAUGUUAUAGUGAAUGGGAUACGCCAAAUGUUUUCUUCUAAAAAGUGGCCACUAAUCGUUCUGCACAAUAGGCGAGUUACUGGAACCAAGCUAGAUAAACCUAUACACCAGGAAUUAGUUGAAAGGUGGAGAAAUGCUGAUGCACUCUAUGCAACACCAACUGGAUCAAAUGAUGAUUGGUACUGGUUGUAUGCAGCUAUAAAGUUUAAGUGUUUACUUGUGACCAAUGACGAGAUGAGAGAUCAUACAUUCCAGCUCCUAGGAACUGAUUUCUUUCCUAAAUGGAAAGAAAGACACCAGGUUCGGUUUAGCUUCUCAGAAACUGGACCUGUAUUUCACAUGCCACCACCAUGUUCUGUUGUUAUCCAGGAAUCAGGUGACGGCCAUUGGCAUAUCCCCAUUGCUUCAGAGCACCAAUAUGAAGAGGAUAGAACAUGGCUGUGUGUUACACGCCCAAACUCUAGCAUCGUGAGCCAGAGUCAAAACGUUGGAGCACAUUCAGCAAAAGAUUCCGAAGAGGAUAUCAAAGACCAGAGGAAAUAUAGUAGCUCAAAUUCUCACUCUUCUCGGCAGGUUAAAGCUCAAUCAGCUGCUCGUAGUAAGCAAGAAACUGAAGAAGUAGUUCCUGUUAGCCACAGAAAUACGCUUCCAAAAUCAAACCAUCUCCCUUUCUUGAAGGCUAUAAAGGCUGCUGAGAAACGUGCUGGGUGUGUGAUUGAUUUUCAGAUAUGAUGCGAUAUGAUACAACCUAAAAUGGUUAAUCUUUGUACUAUGGAAGACUGCUAACUCAAACUCAGCACUGGAAUAUAUGUCUUCUGAGCCCAAAAGUUUUGCUGAUGUGAUGACUGGUAGGUAGGAAUAAUAUUUCUGCUACUUCUUUGGCUUGGCAACCGCCGAUGCCAGAUGAUGUGCCAGAUUUAUAUUCACAUGGAAAGAAUGCAGAUUCUAGAUUACUGGCCAAAACAUAUUUUUGGAGUGCGAAAAAAUGGCAUCUUAGUGUUAUUCAUGAGUUAGCUCAAGGAACUGUAAAUUUCAGCAGCUGCCCUUCUCUUUCUAUCUAUUGGAAAUUUAUAUGGAUUUUUCUCCAAAAUUUAUACUACAAAGAAAUUUUUUGCA